CGUCUCUUUUCUUGAUUGCGGGCACUACGUUCAGUUGCCAAUUAGUGUGGACUAAUGUUAUUGUCUGGUUCUGGGAAUAUGAUGAAGACCGAGGAGUUGCUGGAGAAAGACCUGUGCCUCGAUGAUUUCGACGGGAUUGAUGACACUCGGGGUUGGACGAGUUUCGAUGUCUUGGUGCACGUUUCCUUGGUGGCACGGGAUCGUUACCUGAAGCAACAACAGGCUAUCGUUGAUCAGUACGCUACUGACAACGCUGAUGACAAGCGGCAAAGCUCGAUGAUGGCAAGAGAAACGAAAUCGAAUCCACCCCGUGGUUGCAUCUUGGGAAUGACAAAGAAGAGGACCAGAGGUGCCUUUGAGGGACAAUCUACAGCACCGACCAAAGAAGAGCCUUCACGUCAUCUGACCAUCAAGAAGCCGAGGAAGGCUGCUGUACUUGUCUGGAAUGUGAUGCCCUCCAUUGACUUCCGGAUCGGGCCAGACAGGGAUCUCCCUCAAGAUGUCAGGAACAGCAUCGAGGGCUCUGGAGGAACUGACAUUCUACUUGUCUGCGAGAAGUAUCUGACUGCGAGUGACGUCAAGAAAGAAGAGAGCCGUCUCCUGAUGCCCGAGUCGGUGAUCAAAUCGUCCUCGUUCCUGAAUGAUCAAGAGCGGGAAUUACUCAAGACCCGUGUCGGGAACACGAACAAGAUGAGAGAGAUUCCGGUCAAACUGCUGGAGCCCACCCUCACGAGUUGUGAUCUGGGACUGAGGAGGUGGGAGAUGAGGAAGAACGGGGGCAAGUCCUCCACGGUCUCGUACGUGCUCGCUCGCGGGUGGAAUGGAGUGGUGGCGCGUAAUGAUCUCAAGAAGGGCGAUCUAGUUCAGGUGUGGUCUUUUCGGGUCGGGCUGGAACUCGGUCUCGCUCUGAUCGCAAUGCAUAAUUGAGGGAGAAUAGAUCAGAUCACGUAUGAACGAUCAUUGUCAGUUGGCCACUAAUUUGCUUGCGGAUCAAGUGCUGAAGGAUCAAUUGAUUAGGGUUUCUGGUUAAAUCUUUAAUUUGUUGCGUCUUUUAGUUCCUAAAUUCUUGAAUCGA